AUGCAAGCAGAGGACGAUGACAUACGACUGCCCGCGGACACGUUAGCCUUGCUGGAAGAGUUCAACCGUGAGAAAGACGCCAGAGCAAAGCAGUUCGAAGACUUGAAGACGCAGUCAGAGGACGUGUUCAAAGCCACCGGCGACGGGAAGCUCAGCAUGGACUUAUUUGGCGAGGACUGGAACGUCUCCCAGUUCUGGUACACUGAAUCGACUGCCAACCUCCUCGCGCGGCAGCUCUUGAAAGGUUGUACCAAGGAUUCGGCGAUCGCUGUUGUGUCUGCUCCCAGCGCAUACGUGGCGUUGCGAAACAUUCUGGCAGACCAAGACCCAACGACCACGCCACAGCUGUGCUUGUUGGAGUACGACAGGCGGUUCGAAGUGGUAGGCUCCGAUUUUCAGUUCUACGACUUUCAGCAACCUCUGCGCCUGCCGAAUGAACUCAAGGGAAAGUUUGAUCGCAUCAUAUGUGACCCACCGUUCUUGUCUGAAGACUGUCAGACGAAAGCGGCCCUCACAGUACGAUUUCUUGCGAAGAAGUGGUCCAAUGAAGGUGAUGACGGCCUUCGCUUCAUCUCUUGCACCGGUGAGCGCAUGGAGUCGACCAUACUCAGGCUGUACAGCAAGAUCGGAACUCGGACGACAGAUUUCGACCCAGAACACAGCAAAGGAUUGAGCAACGAGUUCAGGUGCUAUGCCAACUUCGAGUGCGAGGAGUGGGCAUGGCGGAAACCCUGA